GGAGAGGUGGUUGAUGCCCCAAACCUGUCAGGGUUUAAGAGGCAUUUGGACAAUGCCCCUAAUAAUAUGCUUUCAUUUUUGGUCAGCCCUGAAGUAGACGGCUCAUCAGUUGGACUAAAUGAUUGUUGUAGGUCCCUUCCAACUGGAGUAUUCUCAGAUGGGUUGUUGGUUUGUUGGGGUUUUUUGGCUACAGUCUGUCUCAUGUUUUGAGAUGACAGGAGAGAUUGUCAUUUACAGUUUGGUGUACAAAACCACAUUGUCACCCUUCUGUUAUCAGCGGUCAGGCAAAGCCAUCUGCUAGUGAGUCAUCUGGUCUACUCAGUGUUGGCUAGUCACAUCCAUAUUUACCAAUACAUGUCACUCUGUUAACACAGGCUUUGCUGUAUCCAAAUGAAGCAGGUGAUUGGAAGAAGGCCAGGAUUUGCCAAAGGUGAAUUGUGUCACUAACCUGACUACCCUCUACGACAAAAUAGCAUUUUCUGCCGACAUGGGGAGAGCAGAGGAUGUUGUUAGCCUGGAUGUCGGCAAAGUGUUCAACACGGUUUCCCACAGUCUUCUCCUGGACAAGCUGGCAACGUGCAGACAAGAUGGGUGGUCUGCAAGAUGGGUAGGAAACUGGCUCACAGGCUGUGCUCAGAGGGUGGUGAUGGAUGGUUUUUACUCAGGUCUGCUGGUUUGGGAGGCUUCACCAGACUCUGUGAGUCUAGGAAAUGUGGUUGUGUUACCCAGUAGCUGUCUUCUCUAUUAGCUGCUUUUCAGUGAUUUCUGCUCUUCCACAGUACAGUGAAAUAGAUGUUCCAUCCAGAGCCUUUUUCUUGGAAGAAAAUCAUCCUACAGUCUUUUUUCUUCUGUUUUUAACCAGAACACUGUCUCUACAAGGCUGCAAGCUGUUGAAUUGCAUUAAGGAUGAUGGCUUACGCUCAGCGCUGUGUUGCAACACCCUUCACGAUACAAUUCUAGGGUCACAACUGUCUUAACUUGGCUGCACAGAUGCUUUUAACAGAAAUACCUCCAUAUGUUAUGCAAUCUGCAGUGCCAAUAUCUAGGCCCUGCCCUCUGGUCUCUUCCCUCCCACUCCCUCUUUCUUUCUACUGUCAGUGCCCUCCCCACCUCUCCCUUCAUUCCUCAGGACUGCUUAGAGAGGAGCUGGUCUUCUUCUGGGGUUAAGCAGAGUGAAUGAUGCUGUCAUUAGCAAAGAGAAGACAAUGUGAAACGCAGUCAGCCUGUGAUGCUUGUAUAUCAGGUGAUGCAAAAAUAUGGAAAGUCCAUGAUGAUGUUAGAGAAGAAAUUUACAGGAUUUGCUUUCUGCCAAGUUAAGCUGAUGCAGCUCGUUCUUUCCGGAUCAGGCUGUUUAUAUUCUCUGCCUUUUUCCUAUGCCAUUCUUUCUCUUUUUUUUCCCCCAAACCACUGACCAUAAUUGUUUAAAACACAGGCUUUACAUGUGAAUGGUUCUUUUUGGGAAGCGGAACUUUCCAUACUGCUGCUUUUCAGCUACAUAUGGAGAGAGUGCUAGGGAGGCAGUCAGGGCUGACUGACAACCUAGUGCUGUGGCCAGGGAAAUUCUGGCACAGCUACAUUCAGCUGUCUGCUUUACACAUGAAGAUCCUUAAGCUCAAUGUAAGUUUACCGUUUUAGCUAAACAAUAGAGCAAUUAUCCUGAGGGAAUAGAAGGGAGGAGUUAUUGUAGGGUUGUUUUAUAGUAUCUUUCCUAGACCUUAAACACCAGUAUUAUCCUUCUCUUCCACAUUCUCAGUGCUGCUUUCAGAUAUUGGUUCACUGUUGUAUAUAGGAGGGAGAGACAGGGUGGGUACAUGUAUGUGCAUGGGUGGUAUUUUUAUAAAGAAUCAUUGUGGUAGGAAUUUCUUGUCCAAAAUUCUAUUUUUUCUAGGACAGACUUAAAUAUUAGAAUGAUGUGGAUGCUCAACACUUUGAAGCAGUGGUCUUCUGGCAAAGUGAGGAAGCACUUGACUUUACUGGUUUUGGCUGGGAUAGAGUUAAUUUUCUUCAUAGUAGCUGGUAUGGUGCUAGGUUUUGGAUCUGUGACCAGUGUUGAUAGCACAGGGAUGUUGUAGAUGUUGCUAAGCACUACUUGCACAGCGUCAAGGUCUUUUCUGCUUCUCACCCUGCCCCACCAGUGAGCAGGCUGGGGUUGUGCAAGAAGCUGGGAGGGGAGGCAGCUGGGACGGCUGACCCCAACUGACCCAAGGGAUAUCCCACACCAUAUGACGCUGUGCUCGGCAAUAAAAGCUGAGGGAAGAAGGAGGAAGAGGGGCAGUCAGAGUUACGGCGUCUGUCUUCCCAAGUCACUGUUGCGCGUGGUGGAGCCCUGCUUUCCCAGGGAUGGCUGAACGCCUGCCUGCAAUGGGAAGUAGUGAAUGAAUUCCUUUUGCUUUGCUUGUGUGCGCGGCUUUUGCUUUACUUGUUAAACUGCCUUUAUCUCAACCUGUGAGUUUUUGCACUUUUACCCUUCCAAUUCUCCUCCCCAUCCUGCUACGGGGGUGUGAGCGAGCGGCUGCGUGGGGCCAAGCUGCCCAGGGGGGCUGACCCACAACACUCUCCCCUAAGCAAGCAGGCGCAUGAAGCAGAGGCAGUGUGGAGCUAUUAAUUCAGCAUGCUGCCCCAGCUAACUAAUUCUGCAUCAGCUGGCUUCCCUUCGCUGCUUCCAGCCUCGGAGCAGCCCGGCCCCACGUGAAGCCAUGUAUUUCUGCAUGGCACCAUGUUUUUCUGCAUAACCAAACCUGAUGAUUGGUGUACAACAACCCAGGAGAGAGCAAUGAAUCAAUUGUAAAAGUGUAAAAAAUGGACUUUUGUGAUUUGUGAGCUCUACCAGCUUCUGAGCAAGAAAUCGCACAGCUGACGUGUAUAAUGUAACAGGAGAAGGAAGUCUAUUAAACGUGACCCCCCUGCCAGCAGCAGCUGACACUGUGCCAAGAGUAACCCUAGAAAUUCUUCGUAAAAUAGCACAUUGGCUCACGUUCUACCAAGAAACUCAAGGAAAGCAACUCUAUACCUUGCUAAUCUCUGAAUCUUGAUAAGCACUGGAGUUGGGGCUGGCCUGAGGAAGUUGUGAUUUAAAAAGAAAUGCUGUAUAUUUGGGUGCUUUGAAGACUUAGCAACAUAGGUGAAGGAUACCAGAAUGCUGAGGACUUGGCUCUUGGUGUGGCAGGCUGGGCCACCAGUGUGCAAGGUUUAGAAAGGUGGCACCAUGGGUGGGGAGGGAAAGGGGACCACAUCAGGAGGUGCAUGGGAAGCGGCGUGGCCGUAAGAGACCACAGCAACAGCUUAAUCCCCUAUUCCAGGCUGGGAGAUGGGGGUAAACUUUUUGUUGCCCAAAUGAGGAGAGCAUCGACUUCAUCCCUGCUGUGGGGAGCAGGGGAGAUCACCCCACCUCCAGACCCGCAGGACACAUCCUGCUCUCCCGGGGCAAUUUGCAACCAUCAAACCCAGUUUGUGAAGUGCUGGCAUAUGGGGGCCUUGGUGGAACCUCAAAUUCCUGUGUAAUGCAAGUUGUUAAUAACACCAGAAAGUCACUUUGUAGACAAACCAUAAAAUAACACCCAUUUAGAGCAGGAGCUCGCUCUCCCAAGGCCAAGAUACAGCAAAGUCUCUAAGCUCUUAACCUCCAGCUACAACAAUUGCAUUUUUACCGGGAAAGAAUUUGAAGUCUAAAUGUUUUAAAGGGAAUUUCCAGUAGGUGAACACUGUUCCUGUUUUGCUGUUGUCCCUAACUUCCUGUUGCCAAAUGUGUCUGGCAGAGAAUUCUAGUCCUAAACCACCGAGCAAGAAGUGGAGGAAAGGCACGGCAGGCACCGACCAUGGCACCAAGCAGCGUGGCGGGGGGCAGGGAAGGGACGCCGAACAAGCAAUGUGACGGUGGGCAGGGUGACGAAGGGGCCGACAAUGCCCUCCCUCAGCCACUCGCCACCCUGCCUGGAUCCUGCCCUGAGCCCCGCACGCCUCCCUCCUGCAGCCAGGAGAGAAGGGGGUUCCCACUAAGGGGUCCCUGCUAAACCCUUACUUCCCUGCAAAACUAUUGUAAACUCCGUCUCCUGAGGCAGCUCUUUGUACCUGUGUUAAUGUCAUGCCAUACCAGUGCUUUUCAUGGCUUAUUAAUUAACUUCCACCCACCUCUGGGAACACCUAGCCACUCCCUUUGUCCUCACCUAUCCCAGCCAUUUAUAGCAGCGAUGGGAUGCUAGAAAUAGAGACGCAUACACUAAGAGCCGGAGGAGCCUGUAGACGAAAGGAGUAUUGGAGUCGAUUUGCAAAGGAGAUAUUUUCUAGCUCGCAGCAGUGAGGCAGCAUGAAAAGCCCUGGGUGCACUUCAAGGUAAGGGGAGAGGGAGGUGAAUGCUAUGGGUGCAGAAUUAAGAUGUGGUUUGUAGAAACAUCUGGUUGAGGUAAUCCCUGUAAGUUGUUAAUAGCCUAUGGAGUUAGUUACAGUUUGCUCCAGGGUAGAGAUUAAUUUCGCCGUGAAUGUUUCUUUCCUGUAUUCCAGGUCUUUUAAUUUGAAAGAACCUUGUGAGGUUGACACGGAGGUGUGUUAUUUUCAGCUUAAGCCAAAUGAACGAGAAGGUUGUCCCAAGCCUUAAAGCAUCCAUAGCAGCACCUCCAAGUCUGACCUGAGAGGUAGUUUUCCAUGUUUUCUUCCUGGCUGGCAGAUGGCACGGCGCAGGUCAGAAAGGCAGGUUGAACCUCCGGCACCAGCCCUGCUGAUAGCUUUGCAGGAUUUUUGGUUUCUGAGAAGAAUUCUGUGUCUUAGCAAUCAGCUCCCAAGUGCUUCCUCAAAGAGCUCCCAGGCUGGUUCCAUGUCUUGCGUGACUUUCAUGCGAUAUUUGAAUAGUGGCUUUCUCUCUUGAACUUUGCAAAAAACUGUAUUAAUGGGGCAAAAAAGUAGAUGGGGACUCUGAUCAUACUCUGCAGCUCUCAGCUAUGUUGGGCUUCAUGCGCCGCAGGUGAAAUGCUUCCUUUGCUGUGGUGUGCGGAAGGAAGAAAUCGCUGCAGCCAUGAUCCUGUGCGUCAUGCCCUCCACGCUCCCGUUGAUACUCCAGGCAUAUCAAAUGUUUCAUCAUUUUCUGCCUUUGCCUGGGACUCAUCUUCCUGUCGGGAUUCUUCCGUAUGAAGAAUAAAAAUUACAUAAUCUCGAAAAGCCACAAGGAGCUGCUGAUACCUUACAAGCCUUGCCGUGCCAAGACUAAUGUCAUGUUCCUCAAGACCCACAAGACAGCCAGCAGCACCGUCUUGAACAUCAUGUUCAGGUUUGCGGAGAGGUACAACCUCACUGUCGCCCUCCCAGCUGACCAGCUCGUCCACCUGGGCUACCCAAAGACCUUCCUGGCCCACUUUGUGGAGGAAUUUGAAGCCAUAGGACAAAACUACAACAUCAUGUGUAACCACCUGCGGUUUAACCCCUCAGAGGUGAAAAAGGUGAUGGCAGCAAACACCUUCUACUUCUCCAUCCUGAGGAACCCCAUUCGUCUGCUGGAGUCUUCCUACGUCUACUACAAGGACAAUGUCCCUGCCUUCAGGAUCUCCAAGGACGUGAAUGAGUUCCUGGCAUCACCCAUGAAGUAUUACCAUCUGGCAGAUUACAAGAAAAACAUGUAUGCCAGGAAUAUCAUGUGGUUUGACUUUGGCUAUGAUAACAAUGCAGAGGACAACAAAAAGUACAUCCAGGCAGUCUUGAAGGAGAUUGAACAGAAUUUCCAUCUGAUCUUGAUAUCAGAUUACUUUGAUGAGUCCAUGAUCCUCUUGAAGCACACUUUGUGCUGGGAUCUGGAUGACGUGAUUUACUUUAAGCUCAAUUCCAGAAGCCAGGACACUGUCCAGACCUUGACUCCAGAAAGCGAGGAGCAGAUAAAAGUGUGGUGCUCACUGGACUGGAAGCUCUACCUGCACUUCAACCAGAGCUUCUGGAGGAGAAUUGAGGAGACCAUAGGAUUCAAGGAGCUGGAGAAGGAGGUGAAUCGCCUGCGAACAAGACAGAAGGAGCUCAUGGAGACCUGUCUCUCGGACCAGGAGGCAGUGGGGAAGGAUGACAUCAAGAACAAAGCUUUCCUGCCUUUCCAGUCAGGGGUUGCAAAUAUCCUUGGGUACAACCUCAAACAAGACUUAGACAACAUGACUCUGAGAACCUGCCAGAAAAUGGUUAUGCCAGAGCUCCAGUACACAUCCUAUCUUUACACUGUUCAACACCCGCACAAGAAGAGGAAGAUCUUGCCCUUGCCGUGGACCAGUUUCCAGAAGACGCAGCUCCCAAAUCCCAACUAGGGCAUGCGACAACCCACUGUGGUUUCCCACCGCUUUGCAUCACCCCAUGUCUGGCACGUGACUGGCCCACAGGACUCUCGUGCAUGAGGGGAGGCAGGGGGGGAAUUUGUUCUGGACCACCAAGCUGGUGGUGGGUCCUUUUUUGGGGACCUUGAGCCAAAGGCUCUGCAUGGGCCGGAUCCUACGUGAUCCCUUCUCCCCGUUCCCAGGGAGGGGGACAGCCAGCUGCUGCUGAGCGCUGGGUAGGCUUUCAGCUGGCUUAGAUGUUUCUGCCUCUUAAUCAUUAAUCACAGGCUUAA